AUGUCCUUCUCCCGCACACUCGCACACCGCUCCCUCCGCGCCCUCACCGCUGCCCCCCUCCCCGUCCGGGCCACCCCUCUCCUCCUCGCCAAAAGGGCAUUCACCACAGCCCAGCCCCGAAGGAUGGUCGUCUCCCAGACCCUCCACGAAGCUGCCGACCGCAAGUCCAAGCCCUCCGUCUCCGAGUGGGCCAAGAACCCCAUCGUCAGCUACGAGGAGCUCAAACCCAUCACUGAGCAGCCUUCCGACAACAUUCUUGUGGUGGAUGUCCGUGAGCCUGAUGAGGUUGCCCUGGGAUCUAUCCCCUCGGCUGUAAACUUGCCCCUGUCCAAGCUCAAGGAUGCUUUGGACAGCAACUUCAACCCUGGAGACUUCCAGCGGGCGUUUGCCUUCCCCAAGCCUUCACCCGACCAGAACAUCAUCUUCUUCUGCCGCUCCGGCAAGCGAUCUGCAAACGCUGCCGAGCUCGCCGGUGAGAAGGGUUACAAGUCCAUCCGAAACUAUGUCGGAAGCUGGUUGGACUGGUCCAAGAAGGAGAGCCAGAACAAGGACGAGGACUAG